UAUCGUUCUGUUUUGAAAAAGUCGGUACGAUAUUAAAAACACAGCACUUGUGACUAGUGUUGACAAACGGUUGGACAAAAAUGGCACAUUUGCGUGAGAGCUCAGACAAGGCCUUGAAGCUACUGCGCACCUUGCCGCGAGUACAAAUUGGCAAUCUGCGUCCCAAUCCCAAUUCUAAACAGAACGACAAACGCGGACGUGCGCAACACGGUGGCGAUAAACAUGGUGCGGGCAACAAGGGCUCCGGGCAACGACAGAAUUUCAUGCGUCUGGGUUACGAAACGGGCAAUCAGGCAUUCUACAUGCGCUUUCCUUACGAACCCUACUACAAGGGACACCACAUGAAGCGGGAGUAUCCUCCGAUCUCGCUGCUGCAACUGCAGGUGCUCGUCGACACCAAUCGCAUUGAUGUCAGUCAGCCGGUUGACAUCGCCACGCUGUGCAACUCGGGUCUGUUGUCACUGAAGCCAGCUGAGCUGCAGUAUGGCUUCCAGCUGACGGAUGAGGGACUGGACAAUUUCAAGGCCAAGAUUAACAUUGAAGUUCAGCAUGCGAGCGAGGCAGUCAUUGCAGCUGUAGAGCGCAAUGGUGGAGUCAUUCGCACCGCAUACUACGAUCCACGCAGCCUGCAGAUUUUGGCUAAUCCCAAGAAAUGGUUCGAGAAGGGAGUGCCAAUUCCUCAGCGCAUGCUGCCGCCACAGGAUGCCGUGGAGUACUAUACGGAUGCUAAGAACCGCGGCUAUCUUGCCAAUCCCGAGGAGAUUAGCAAGGAGCGUUUGGUGUUGGCACAAAAAUACGGUUACGAAUUGCCGCGCAUUGAGGACGAUGCCGACUACGAGAUGCUCACGGCUGCCAAGGAUGCGAGACAAUUGUUCUUAGGCUUAGAGCCCGGCUGGCUUGUUAACUUGGUGGACAAGACAAUAGUUAAGCUAAAGAAAACAUAAACAAAUGCCUUUUCUGUUUGUUAUUACGCUUUGUUAAAUAAAGAAAUGUAUUGUAAAAGGA